AUGUCCACCAGAAUGUUUGUCGUCCACAAUCCUCCUCGCAGGAGAAGACGGAGCAGAGACGAACCUCCUCUGAUGAGGAUUGUUGUUCUGGGGAAGAGUGUGUCUGAAAAUAGUCUGGUGGGGAACUUGAUCUUAGGACGAGCAGCGUUUGACAGUGAAGCUCCUCCAGAUGUUGUAGAGAGAGUCGGAGGAAGACUGAAGGACAGACACCUGAUCAUCAUCAACAGUCCUCAGCUUCUCCAGAGGAACAUCUCAGAUCAGCAGAUCACACACACAGUGAGAGAGUGUGUGUUUUUCUCUGAUCCAGGGCCUCAUAUCUUCAUACUAGCACUGCAGUAUAAAGACUUCACUAAGAAGGACUUGAGAAGAGUGAAAUAUGUGCUGGAAACAUUCAGUGAAGAGGCCAUUAAACACACCAUGGUGCUCACGACUGAUGACGAGACUGAUAAAUGGGCAUCUGUGAAAGCUAAUGAAUUAAUUCAACAAUUAACUGCAGAAUGUGGAGGAGGACAUGUUCAAUUUAAUAACGAAAUAGAGGAAUGGUGCUCUGUAAUAUCAGAACGACUGGAGAAGAUACUUGGAGAAAACCAUGGAGAAUUUCUUACAUGUGAAAUAUUUUACGAUGCAGAAGAAACACUGCACUGCUGGAUGAAGAUCAGAGCAGAUCUUUAG